AGGCAGCAAGAUUCGAAUAUAUAUUGAAGAAGGUGCUCGAAAAGGGAAUAGACGGAUCAUAUAAACCCGAUCCUAAAACGCUUAACUUAGAGAAUAACUGGGGCAAGAUAUCUGAAGCUAUUCAUAAAUCCAGUAGCGCUGGAAUCAUUUCCCCAGCACUUCAAUUAAUCGAUGCCAAUAACAAACCUUGGACCAUUAAUAACGUGAAAGAAAUAGCUCCCGACAUUGGGCUCUUGAAGUUCAAAGGCUAG